AUGUUGUUGGGACAAGAGUGUCUCCCCUCCUUGGCUGCAUGCUCCUCGCAGGUCCCCGGCUACGUCUCUCACGCCGAGCAGUUCGCGGCCAAGGGUGUGCAGGGCAUUUACAUCGUCGCCAUUAAUGACGCAUUCGUCACACAGGCCUGGAAGGAGAAGCUCGGCGUUUCGAACCCAAUCGUGCACUUCCUCGCUGACGACACUGGUGAUUUCACUACCGCCGCGGGCAUGGCCUUCGACGCUGCUGGUCUCCUCGGUAACACUCGCUCGUCGCGCUACGCCGCCAUCGUCGAGAACGGUGUGGUCAAGUCCAUCUUCGUCGAGGACGAGGCUCCCAGCGUUACCGUAGCUUUGCCGAGAACGUCUUGCAGGCUUUGA